ACACUGCUUCCUGGUUUUGUAUUACCCUAAGAAUUAAUCAUGUUAGUGCCUUUGAGUACCCUUUGGGAUUUCCUGUGUACAGUGACAGUAUAAGCUCAGGGCCUCAGGCCGAGAAAAGGCGGAUUUCCCCCACUCACGUCUCACCUGGAAGGGGAUUUCCAUCUUGCACAAAUCUACUGCAGGACUUGCAAUUAUGCAGAUAUAUAAGGCUCAUAACAGUAUGUCGGUAUUUUGUAUGAUCUCUCUUGGGAGCUGUAAAAGGAUUGUCCACCUCUGCAUUUUAUUCAAUAUCUGGUACCUUUAGGACUUCUUAAAUCAACUGGAAGAUGGCAGAAGCAGUACUGAUUGAUCUGUUCAGUCUACAAAUGAACUCACAAAAUAAUGGCAUUCAGAAGUUAUUAUGUAGCACACUAGAAAGGAUUGAAAAAGGCUUCUCUGCCAGUGCUCCAUUUGUUUACAUAAUGUGCUACCAAACUCCGAGAAGCGAAAGUAGCAGUGAACAAGAUUUGUUACUUAAAGUAAUCAGCAGUUUUCAAACUCUAAAGAAAGGAAUUGAGGUUGUGUGCAAGACAAGUACAGCUGCUGCCUUGUACACCAUUAAACAAAAACUAGAUGAAAAGGAUUUAAGCAUCAUUAAAAUCAUUUUACCAGUACAAAGGAAAGCCUUAAUGGAAGUGUUUAUAGACCACCUAUUCACUGCUGUUUACCAGUUUCAGUUUGAGGAUUUUGGGAUGGAUUUUGAAGGAAACAACCUCCAACAAAUAGCUGAACCUCAGAGCGACAUACAAACACUUCCUGCCCAUGAGAUGGAACUCAUCAGGAGUGAGAUUCAGACAUACUUGGAAAGUCUGCCAGACCUGAAAGGGAAGCUUACCAUUCUAAAAUCUUCCUUGAUCCCAGGUCACAUCUUCCUACACGGGUUCACCACAAGGACAGGUGGGAUCUCUUAUAUACCAACGCUCAGCUCCUUCAACCUCUUCAGCAGUUCCAAGCGGAGAGAUCCAAAGGCUGUGGUUAAAGAAAACCUACGCAGAUUAGCUAAUGCUGCAGGUUUUGACCCAGAGACAUUUCACCGUGUGAAGGUCAAUCAUGCCAGUGAUGUUUGGAUUAUGGGAAAGCCCCAGCCUGACAGCUAUGAUGGAAUAGUAACGAAUCAGAAAGAUGUUACAAUAGCCGCUCUCGGCGCUGACUGCAUACCUGUGCUUUUUGCUGAUCCUGUCAAAAAAGCAUGUGGAGCUGCUCAUUCUGGAUGGCAAGGCACUUUGUUAGGAGUUGCUAUGGCUACAGUAAAUGCUAUGAUAACAGAAUAUGGCUGUAAUGUUAAGGAUAUACUUGUGGUGCUGGGCCCAUCUGUUGGACCGUGCUGUUUUACACUUCCUCAGGAAUCAGCAAAAGAAUUUUACAAUCUUGAUCCCAAAUGUGUCAGACAGUUUGAAUCUCCAACUCCCUAUGUUGAUAUUAGAAGGGCAACACGAAUUCUUCUAGAGACUGGAGGGAUUCUGCCUCAGAACAUACAGGAUGAUUCUGUCACUGACCACAACCAAAGUCUCACUUUCUGCACAGCAUGCCACCCUGAUACAUUUUACUCUCACGUUCGCGAUGGCACUAACUUUGGCACACAGAUUGGCUUCAUAUCGAUCAGAGACUGAGGUAGCGUCUCUUAUCCUUGGGUAGUAACCGGGCAAUAACUGUUAGCAUUGCCUGACAUCUUACUCUCCUGAUAGUAGGCCUCUCCCCUUUCCUUCACCUGAUAAGUUCUGAGGAAGAGGUGGACUUAUCAUAA